CCACAAGGCAAAUCCCUCGUAGUAUUAUCCCCGAAACCAAAAAAUUCCUGUGGCUCUCACUCUCCUUAAACAUGUCAAGAAAUCAAAUAAGGUGUUCACUAGGUUCAUCAUUAUCAACAACACCCAAAAAAGCUUUACCCUCACCACCACCUCAACAAUGAAUGACACAGUAGACAAGCUUGUGAUCUUUCUAGCCAAGAGAGAUGGCAUUGACAAGCUCGUGAAGACCUUCCAAUACGUCUCUAAGCUUGUUAACUGGCAAGUAGAAACCACACACCCAGACGUAGCAAACAGGUUCAAACAAUGGGAGGUCUCCUCCGGUCUUAGCAGAAAAGCCUUUAGAACAGGCAGGUUCCUCACUGGUUUCAAUGGGUUGAGAAGGAACCCUGGUGCCACCCCAACAUUCAAGUUCCUAGCUGUACUUGCUAAUGCAGGAGAGAUGGUGUAUUUCUUUUUCGACCACUUUCUAUGGCUAUCGAGGAUUGGAACAUUGGAUGCCAAGUUGGCUAAGAGGAUGAGCUUCGUAUCUGCAUUUGGUGAGUCAUUCGGUUAUAUUUUCUUCAUUGUUUCAGAUUUGAUCAUCAUGAAACAAGGGGUUGAGGCCGAAAGGAAGCUCAUUGCUUUACAAGAAGAAGAAGAAAAUUCAAAAGAUGCAAAAGAGAAGAUAAGAAAGAUAAGAGGGGAUAGGGUGAUGAGGCUGAUGGCAGUGGCAGCAAAUGUUGCUGAUUUAAUAAUUGCAGCUGCAGAGAUCGAGCCAAACCCUUUCUGCAACCAUCCUCUGUCUCUUGGUAUCAGUGGCUUGGUCUCUGCAUGGGCCGGUUGGUACAGAAAUUGGCCCUCAUAGAACUAAUGAAUGAAAUUGAUGAACAAAGUCUUUAAUCUUAUUAGAUGGAAACUCUUUACCUGUGUAUCUUUGCUUUGCUAUAAAUGGUGAGGAUUUCACUCUCA